AUGGUUUCCUUUUGGCCAUGGGGGAAGGACGACACUUCCCCCGAAUCGUUUGAAAAGGCGCUCUCGGCGCUUACGACUAAGAUCACGGCAGCCCAAACGCAGCUCGAUCAGACACGUGCGAAAGGAAGGAGGGUGAUGGUCCUCAGCACGCUGUACCUCGGCUUUGCGUAUCUGGUAUACGCUAUUGUUCUCAUAUUGGUCGUAGGCUGGCGGAAUAUGGGGGCGGUAGAUUGGACAGCUGUCUUAGGGGGCCCUAUCCUGAUCGUAGUCGUGCGCACCGUUAUCACCGACUUCGUCAACUAUCGCACCAAAAGGCUCAGCUCCAGGCUCAAAGACUUGCAAGCAGAGCGCGCAAAGACAAUCCAGAAGCUCAAGGAUGCUACCAAGUACGAAUCGACCCUCGAGCUACUCCAGAAGUAUGGGGGGCCUGAAAACAAGGAAAAGAGGGGGACACUUGGCGCCGAGGAAGAUGAGAGCAGAAUUCAGCAACAAGGAGGACGGCCAAAAGAUACACAGGCGCCUCUGGCAAAUCGCAUCAAUAUUCUCCCUCCACCCACGGCGAAUAUCCAGCGCCCUCUUGUUCCCAGACCGGUUACGCCACAACCAAGACCCCAUGCGAAUCCUGCCAUGCCCGAGAUAGACGUGUCCGCCGAAUUUGCACCCAACGCCUUCGAUGGGCGGCCUCCCCCGGCCUACAUGCAAUACCCUCCCGCAACCAUGACUGCUGCCCCAGCCGAGCCCAAGUCGCACUGGUACGAUCGCAUUUUGGACACCCUGCUCGGUGAGGACGAGACUGCGGCAAAGAACCGUAUUGUCCUAAUCUGCUCUCGUUGCCGGCUUGUUAACGGCCAGGCCCCUCCGGGGACGAAGUCUCUGACCGAGCUCGGCUUGUGGAAGUGCAUGGCGUGCGGAGCUCCAAACGGCGAGAUAGACGAGGGAAAGCGGAUUGUUCAAGAGGUCUUGGGAAACAGGGCUGCUGAGUUCACAGCCGAAGCGCCAAAGGAUACCACGAGCCGAAGCUCAAGCGACCUAGUUGAGGUGGACAAAGAAGUUCCGGUGAAGGAGGUCGAGGAGCGACAGUCUUCUGCCGAGGAAUCUGGAAAGAGCAAGGGGUGA